AUGACAAACCCUCAAGAUAACCCUGAAACUCCCCCACCAGUGUCUCCCUCAAACACAUCCUCAUCUACACCCCCUAGUGAAAACCCCAAACCUAGGUUUCGCCGGCAGAAAAUGUUGGCAAGAAAAACUGUAGCUACUGGUUCUCUGAGAAUAACCCUAAAUGAAAAGUUGAGAGCUAGCCAGAAGAAAGAGAGCCCUGCUAAAGAAUCUGACUCAAGUUCUGAGUCUGAAACAUUUAUCUCUGCAAGCGAAGGAGAAGAACGUGGGUCUUCUGACACUGACAAAAAUCAAGAAACCCCUUGUGAGGAGGCUGAGUCUAGUAGAAGGGGAAAGAAAAAGAAAGACAAAAUACUUGCAAUCUGUGGAGGGGUAGAGGAAAGUGGCACCAAGUCAGGGGGAAGUGGGUCUGGUGAGGUUGCUGAAGGUCUUGUUCAUUUGAGUGAACAACAAGAUGAACCUAGUUCAUUUGUUGAAGAAACCCUGGCUGACAUCUUGAAGAAGGUUGGGGCCAGCUAUGAUCCAAAGAAGCGCAAGGCUUCUUCCCUAAAAGCUCCAAUUGCUUCCAUGCCAGCAAAGAAAAGCAAAGUGUCAUCUCCUAAGUCUACUGUCCCUUCAAAGGGAAGAGCAACUAGAAGCACGGUUAAACAAAGUGAGGAAGAGUUGCAGAAAGCACUGGAAGAAAACAGGAAGAAAAAGAGGCUUGUUGAAAGACCUGGAGGAGUCAGGUAUGAUAAGAUUGGUGGAUGCCCUAGCUGCCCAAGGAUGGAAGGACAUGGUCCUUCAAUUGGAUGGGAAACUUGCCAGGAAGGAGCUGAUUGA